AUGAGGUCCCUCAAUUACGUCCAAAGAGUUAGUUUGGAUUUCACGGGAACCCUUUUCCCUCGGGCCAUUUGCCUCGGGGAUGCAGACAACGACUCGUUAAAUGAGCUGGUUGUUGGGGACACAAACGGCAAGUUGUUUGUGUAUAAGUAUGAUGACUCCAAGCCUUUCAUCACCAGGAGUUGUGUGGGCAUGCUCACAUGCGUCGCAAUUGGAGAUGUAUGCAACAAGGGGAAGAACUUUGUGGUAGCUGUGGGUGCAGAGGGCUGGUUCCACCUCUUUGACCUGUCAUCAACGUACAAAGCAGAUUCUACAAGUCAACAUGAAGCACUUUCUGAGGACCAGAGGCCCCUCUUCACUCAACACAUACCUGCCAACACCAAGGUCAUCCUAAUUAGCGACAUAGACGGUGAUGGCCGCUGUGAGCUGGUCGUGGGCUACACAGACAGAGUGGUGCGAGCUUUUCGAUGGGAGGAGCCCUCUGAUGCUUCGGACCUAGGAUCUGGACAACUCGUUCUUCUCAAGAAAUGGCUCCUUGAUGGGCAGGUGGAUAGUCUGUCAGUGAACCCUGGUCCAGAGGGUUUACCAGAGCUCAUGGUCUCUCAGCCGGGAUGUGGUUAUGCUAUUCUGCUUUGUACCUGGACACAGCAAGACUCCUCAGGUUCUGAAGAAGAGGCUCCAGCCACUCCUGGAAGCGAAGGACCUUCUCGAGAUGUCAUUUUGCACUUAACUACUGCCAGAAUUCAUAACAAAAACGUGUCUACUCACCUCAUUGGCAGCAUAAGCAAAGGUUCAAAAGAAGAAUCAUCCAAAUGUGGUCUCUUUGCUCUCUGUACAUUAGACGGAACUUUAAAAUUAAUGGACAGUUCAGAGCAGUUGUUGUGGUCCGUCCAGGUCGACCACCAGCUCUUUGCCCUGCAGAAGUUGGACGUAACUGGGGAUGGCAGAGAGGAGGUAGUUGCUUGUGCAUGGGACGGUCAAACAUACAUAAUCGACCAUAAUCGGACAGUGGUGCGGUUCCAGUUUGAUGAGAACGUCAACGCCUUCUGUGCAGGUCAGUACACGUGUAAGGAGGGUAAAAACAGUCCCUGUUUAGUUUAUGUCAGCUUCAACCACAAAAUCUACAUUUACUGGAAAGUUGAACUUGAGCGAAUGGAGUCGACUAAUCUUCUGCGUAUCCUGGACGAGAAGCAAGAGUUCAAAGGUCAUCUCAAAGCUCUUGGAGUUGAUGCGGAGGACUCUGCAGCAGUCAAAUCUCUGGUGGCAAACGUGCUUUACAAGAAUGAAGAUUUGUAG